GUCAAAUUAUAUUUUAUUGUGAACUAAACGUAAAAGUCAAUAUUACCAGGCUUAAAGAGCCAUUGGAUUUAAGUUAUUUGGUUUCGACGAUCUCCCUUCUUUUAAAAAGGUCGGAUGGAUUCCACGUUGCUUGAUAAUCUUAAGAAGGCAGGGGUAAAGGACAGUGUAAUUUCUAUUCUUGAAGAUGAAGAGUUUGAUUCAGCUGGUAUUUUAAACAAUACAUCUGAUGAGCUGUUGAAGGCAUGUGGCAUAAAAGGAGGGCAAGUUAUACGAAUCAAAAAUGCAUUGGCAACGAUUAACAACUUGGACAAGUUUCUACCAUUAAGAAAUGUUCCAUCCACCAUUGAACCAUCCACCCAGAAGAUCGCUUUAUCCACUAGUCAUUCCUUUGCCAUAAAUGACAAUGUCAGCAAUUUUUCAGCGUCAAUUGAAGAAGCUCAUUUGUCAACAGGCACACCGUCACCUACAACAUCUAGUACACCUCGACAUACCAUAGCAUCUGAAAAGAGUAAUCAACCUUCACCAAGCUUUGUACUUGUGGAAGAAAGGAAACCGAACAAGAACUGGAUAAAAGUUUUCUCCAAGAGUGAAUGAAGCACUGCAAGCAGGAAAACUUAAUGGAAACCUUUGGGAUGAGUUUACUAGGGACAUUUGUUCUUCUAUUAAAGCUCAUACAAUGUUUCCAUCCAGAGAAGAAAAACAAAGAGUGGCGUCCAUGAUUGUAGAAAAAUAUACUUUUCUCGUCGAUUCACUUGGAGCUGGU